GUACUGGUUACUGGAACGUUUGUUUUGUGCGACGCAACGUCCAGGAUAAGCAACAUUCAACAAAGCAACAACUUCAUUUACGAUUACGGAGCUACUUUACGCAAUAUUUAGGCGUCCAUCUCGAUAUAUAACACGCACUUGUUAAUUUAAGGUUGGAACUUACUUCCUUUGAAUCAAGAUGUCGUACAUGUUGCCACAUCUCCACAAUGGCUGGCAGGUGGACCAAGCCAUCCUAUCUGAGGAGGACCGAGUACUGGUUAUCCGCUUCGGACACGACUGGGACCCAACGUGCAUGAAAAUGGACGAGAUUCUUUACAGCAUCGCUGAAAAGGUAAAAAACUUUGCCGUCAUUUACCUCGUGGACAUCACGGAAGUGCCCGAUUUCAAUAAAAUGUACGAGUUGUACGACCCCUGCACGAUCAUGUUCUUUUUCAGGAACAAACACAUCAUGAUUGAUCUGGGCACUGGUAACAACAACAAGAUCAACUGGAUCAUAGAGGACAAGCAGGAGAUGAUAGACAUUGUUGAAACAGUGUACCGAGGAGCACGGAAAGGAAGAGGUUUAGUGGUGUCUCCCAAGGAUUAUUCCACAAAAUACAGAUAUUGAUUCUUCUGUUUCACCUGCCUCCAUUAUUUCACUAUUUUCUCUUCCACUUGGUACUUUGAGGACAAAGAGACAAUAAACAACAGAAAGAUUUUAUUUUUGCUUUGCCCGUGUAGGAGAGGAUCCUUAUCAAGGGUUUUGUUACUGUUUGCCAUCUGUGUUUUCUGUUUUACACCAUUGCAUGAAUAUGAUGUUGUGUCUCGUGUUUUUCAAAGAGUUAUUUCUGUGAAAUAAGAGUAAAACGGGUCACACACACUCUGCUGGGCCUCAUAUUUGACUGUGGUAAUAAACAUGGAUUUCUACCUUUAAAA